UAAAACUGUCAAAACACGCACGUCCAAGUGACGUGCAUCAAAAUUAGCACAAAAAAGUUAUCUUCCACUGUCAUGUAAAUUUUUUUAGUAACAUCAAAAAGAAAUGAGCUAAGGAUCUAAAGCCUCAGAAGCUGGAUAGAGCAGGUCAAAUCUAAUCGAUUCAUUGCCGAGUCUUAUUUUGACAUUUAGCUAUGUCUGAUUUAUUUACUAAAGUCAGCUGUACUUACUGUCAAGAAGAGAUAAACAAUGUGAGAGUAAGAUGCUGUAUCUGCCCAGAUUUUGACAUAUGCCUCCAAUGUUUUUCUAUUGGGGCGGAAAUAGGGCCCCAUAAAAGUGACCAUGCAUAUCAGUUAAUGGAUCCUUGUUCAACAAGUAUAUUUGGUGGCAGGGGAGCAUGGACUGGAGGAGAGCAUUUGCUUUUGUUGGAUGCUGUUGAAUUGUAUGGAUUUGGGAAUUGGGAGUUAAUAAGUGAACAUGUAGAAACUCGUAGUGCAGAAGAAGUAAAAGAAGAAUACAUAGCCCGAUAUGUAGAUGGAAAUCUAGGGAAAGUCACUAUGACUAAUCCGAAUCUCAAAAAGCCGGUUUUAGUUGAUCAUACCAUAGAUGAUGAUGCCUCUGUGACACCAGCACCUCCAUUAGAUGUUACACUGGAAGAAGCCAAUCUGUUAGGGUACAAACCAUAUAGAGAUGAUUAUGAAAUGGAGUACAAUAUGGAAGCUGAAGGAUUAGUAUCAAAACUAAGUUUAGACCCUGAAGAGGACAGUGGUGUAGAAAUAGUGUUAAAGUUGAUGAUUGUAGAUAUGUAUAUGCGAAGACUGAAAGAAAGAACUCGACGGAAAAAGAUUGUCAAAGAUUAUCAAUUAGUAGCUAAAUAUUUCGAGAACCUUAGGAUGGAUCCAUAUAAAGCACAGAUAACUAGAGAUCAAAGAGAAUUAAAGGAUAAAUUUCGAGUUUUUUCUCAAUUCAUGCGGCCGGCCGAUUACGAACGAAUAACAUCCAGCUUAGAAAAAGAAAAAGAUCUUCGUCAUCGGUUAUCGGAACUCACGAGGUACCGUAGUCUCGGUCUUCGAACUCAGGAAGAAAUUAAUCAGUACGAACAACAUGUGGUACAGAGGCAGAACAGCGAACCUGGUACCAGCAGCAUGGUGCAACUGGAAUUUCAUCAAAAUGGAAAUAGCGACGAGCAAGAUAUUCCGAUGGAUAUCAUAUCCGGAGAAACAGAAACGAAUGGGUGUUCUUCCAGUUCCAACGUAGAUCUGUCUCCCGUAGAUGCAUCCACAUUGCGAUACCACCCCAUGGGAAACCUUUUGUCCGAGAAUGAAAUAAAUCUUUGUGCCAACUUGAAUAUUCGCCCUGGUCACUACACAACUUUGAAAUUGAUGAUUAUUCAGGACAAUCUAGUGAGCCCCGGUAAAUACCGAAACUUACCGGCAGAGGGAGAAGAAGGAAGUGUCAAAGAAGCCAUAACUCAGUACCUAAGCACCAGUGGAUGGUUACCAAAUAUGUCGUUCUGACAAUGCGACGACUUUAUGGACUUUGAGGAAUUGUGGAAUUGGUUGCAGACGUGAAAGGUUAUUAUUCUAUAGAGAUACUCAAUGAUUGCCGCUUCACAAUCGACGCGUUGCGACGGUUGGGGCGAUGGAUAGAAUAUUGUGAUUUCCCUUCUGUAUACAUACCUACCUGGUCGUUAAAAUGGGUGUUUUUUUAGAGGUAUAGAACAUUGAAAUGGAUUAAAACAAAGAUGAUUUUUUUUUAAAUUGAUAUGAAAUUGCCUUUAUUAGAAAGGUAAUCUUUUGGCAUUAUAAUUUAAAAAUAAUUUCUUGCACAUGACCGUCACGGCUGGCUUUGACGUAGUCUAAUCUAGAGGUCUAAUUUUCGAUGACUUUUCCCAAUAUUUGUGCUCGUAUAUCGGCAUUAAUAUACCAAACAAAAUAUGCAAACAGAUGCCAGUAGGAAAAAGAACAAGAGGAAGACCGAAGCUGAGAUAUUUAGAACAAAUAGAAUAUAAUAACCUUAAAAAUAAAAAACUGGAGAAAAAAAGCACGAAACAGAUCAGAGUGGAGAAGAAUCUUGGAACAGGCCAAGACCCAGAAAGGGCUGUCGAGCCAGUGAUGAUGAUGAUAUCGGCAAUAAUGCGGCGAAUGUUGUCCUCCAAGUGGUUACUCGUUUCAGGCUUAUUGGUGUAGACUAGCGAGCCUUCACAUAUCCCCACAAAAAAUAGUCUAGCGGUGUUAAAUCGCACGAUUUUGGAGGCAAAUUCACGAGUUCGAAACGUGAAACUAUGCGGGUGCCAAACGUUUCCUUCUUUAAAUCAGUAGCGGCUCGUACCACUUUAAGAAGGUAGUGCCAGAACUCGGGCAGCCGCCAAAAUUUUUAGUGACGGAUUCACGAUAUGUUCAAAAAAGGUAUACUUACAACAAAAACUAAAAAAAUCUAUGCGCGGAUACUUUUAUCUUAUGUAUGUUAUGUUUAUUGAUGUGAGGUACCAAGCAAUUGUCCAACAUUGAUCAAAACAGCUCCGUAAAUUAAUUAAUAAUAAAAACCUCUUAACCAACCACCAGCAUUUACUGCUGAUAGUGCUUGAAGUUUGUUAUUACGAUUUAGUCUCUAUUUACCAAUUUAUAAAAAUAAUACUAUUUCAUUAUUCACACACAUGCACAAAUUUUUGUAAUGUCACUUUUAAAGUUUACGAUAUAUGAAGUUCAUUCUUCUAUUUCUUGGUUGCAAAGUUUUCAAUGACUUUAUUAUUAAAAUAUCAAUACAAUUUACAAAAUGCUUUUCUGCAGAUAGAAUACCUAAGCACUAUGUUUUAACAUCGAAAAACAGCGUUCUGCUUCAGAUGUUGAUAUAGGAAUGGUAACUAAAAUACUUAAACACUUCCUUCUACAAUAAAACCGAUAGUGAAACAGCUCCAGAGGUAGUACUUAAUUCGUCUCGCUAAUACAGUACCUACUUCUAAUUCAGUUUUAAAUCGAGUUUUGCUUAAAAAUUAAAAUUGUCUCCAUGUUUCAUUAAGAAAUGAUUCGGAGACCUGAUGCUUAUAAGCAGAAAACUUCUCCGACAUAAAUAAAUUAGAAGCAACUAAAUGUCCGCAGAAGGUAGACCUUUGAAAGAUCUGGUACUUUGAAUAAUAUGAACCUUUAAGUCGUUGUCUAAUCCGGCGCUAAAAUUGACCAGCUCCUUAAAUAUGUCUCUAUUUUCUGAAUUUUUUUUUCGUCGUGACCUCUUAAAGCUAACUCGAAACUCCACAAAACCUUAUAACAUUUGUAGUUUUUUUUUUAAAUAUUUAAAAAAAUAUUCUUAAAAAUUUAAAUUUCUUAAAAAUUUUUUUAAGAUACUAAUCUUCAUUGUCAAUUAAUAAAUUAAACUUAGAAAAUAAUCAAAAUAUUAUUUAUACUACACCCACGAUCAUGAUGCACUAAAAGUUUAAUUGUAAAUACAAAAACUUUUUAACAGAAAAUAUACAUAAUAAAAGCGACAAACCAGCGCGUAAAGAAACUCAACCGCGUGCCCGGCACAGAGAUUCUCAUUUUAACGUAUACUAAUAGUCCAAUAUAGCUCUUUCUCUGUCACUUACAUAGAAUGCUCGUAAAAUCUUUCUCUCUUUAGUCGUGCCAGUACUGACUUUGUCACGAAGGAGAUUCUUCUGUCGAAUAAUCUCCGCUGUCGGCAGGGAUUGUAUUACGCCCAUAGUUGCCAUAUUUUAUAUAAUUUAUGAAGAUCAAAAGAAAUACACACACAAAAAUUAACAGGAAUUAAAAAGUUUUGAAGAUAAAAAAAUAUGUUUCUGCAUAGUUAGCAACGUAGUGCCAUGGCUCUAUGGCACUACCUCACGGGCCGCCACUGCUUUAAAUCAAUUGUGGCACGAUAUGUGCGACAUGUUGCGCCGUCUUUUUGAAACCACAGCUCCUGCACAUCAUGGUUGUUCAAUUGAGGAAUGAGAAUGACAGUAAUCAUGGCUCUACGUUGUGACCGCUAUUAUAGCGGUCACCAUUAACUGUAACGUUCUGGCCAGCAUCCUUUUUGAAGAAAUACGUACCAAUGAUUCCACCAGCCCGUAAAUCACACCAAAUAGUCAGUUUUUCAAGAUGUAAUGGUGUCUUAACAUACACUUGAGGAUCUUCACUUCGGAUAUGGCAGUUUUUUUUGUUGACCUAGCCAUUCAACCAAAAGUGAGGUUCACCGCUAAACCAAAUUCUCUUAUGAAAAUAGGGAUCAACGAAAAUCUCGUUUUAGACACAUUCACCGGAUCUACGCCUUGCUUGGUGAUCGUGUAGCGUCAAUUCUUGCAUAAGUUUGAUUUUGUAAGAACGCAAACCAAGAUCUUUCCGUAAAAUCUUACAUGAAGUGGAUCGACAAAUAUCCAAAUACUGUGCAUAACGGCGGAUAGACUGAUUCGGAUCUUCCUCUAUGCCAGGCUCUAUAGCAGCAACAAUUUCUUCUGUACGCACUGUACGACGACAUCUCUGUAGAUCCGUAGAUGCCUAGUAUUAUUUAGAGUAAACAUGAUGCGAUAACGUUCCAUGGUUAAUCGAAAUAAUUGCUCAGAUCUCAGAUUGAGAUCAUGUUGACCGUAAAAUGGACGUAGUGACGAUACAUACUUCAAACAGAACCAUGAUUUUCAAAAUAAAUUUGCACAAUUAAUUUGGAAGCGUUGUCACUCUUUUCAUGCGGAAAUGCCAAACCAAACUAAACAUAAAUCACUUGACAGCUGUUAAAAUGGACAGCCAGUUAAAAAAAUGUUGCAGGCUUACAUUUCUAUACCUCUAAAAAGACAUCCAUUAUAAGAUAUUUAUGGCUGUUAUAGGGAUAUGCAGUUGUUUUUAUUGUACCAAAUAUUGAUGGAAUAAACUUUUGACCGUGUUA